GGGAGGCGCGGAGGACGGGAAGUUAGCGCGGAGUUGAUGAACUUUGCACAUCCCCAGAAACGCCAUUUUGAUUCCUUUUUCCGGAACAAGUUCGUGGCUCCCCGGCGGGCGCGCUGCCCCCGGCGCCCAUCCCGGCGGCAUGUCGCGGCGCAAGCAGCCCAGCCCCAGCAAAGUGCGCCUGCUAGAGGGUGCUACUGAAGAAGAGGCUGAAGAGCCUGAUGCUACUAAAGCUACUACACUAAGUGAGGAGACCAGCAAGCAAGAAGAGAGCCUCAGUCAAUCAGGGGAUAGCAAUGAAGAGAAGCAGCUGGAAACCUUAAACAGUUACAAGGUGUCACCAAGUUCACCAAACAGUUCGGACGGAGCAGACUUGUCCUCCAUUGAUGCCAUGAUGUCAGCAGUAAUGAAUGUGGGGAAGAUAGCUGAAAAUGGGGGGACCUCUCAGACUGUCAAAUCUCCCUCGAAGUCUCCUGCACCAAAUCGGAUUGGUAGGAGGAAUCAGGAAACAAAAGAAGAGAAGUCUUCCUAUACCUGUCCUCUGUGUGAAAAGAUUUGCACUACACAGCACCAGCUAACUAUGCACAUUCGUCAGCAUAACACUGACACUGGAGGGACAGACCAUUCCUGCAGCAUCUGUGGAAAGUCUCUGAGCUCAGCGAGCUCCCUUGAUCGCCACAUGCUGGUGCACUCAGGUGAAAGGCCUUAUAAAUGUUCAGUGUGUGGACAGUCCUUCACCACCAAUGGAAACAUGCACAGGCACAUGAAGAUUCAUGAGAAGGAUCCAAACAGCACGGCGAGCACAACUCCCCCAUCUCCGCUGAAGCGCAAGCGAUUGUCUUCAAAGCGGAAGUUCAGUCAAGAUGCUGAGAUGGACAGAGAGGAAAGGACACCUGCAAAAAAGGUUGUCGAGGAUGGUCAGUAUGGUGAAGGGGAUAGGAAAGAAGAUGACGCUUACCAUUGUCCAGUAUGUUUCAAAGACUUUUUUUGCAAGUAUGCGCUGGAGUCCCACAUGGAGACGCAUCCAGAUAACUCACUGAGGUGUGACAUCUGUUGUAUUACCUUUCGUACUCAUCGGGGCUUACUGCGCCACAAUGCAGUUAUCCAUAAGCAGCUUCCCAGAGAUCCCACUGGAAAGCCUUUCAUUCAGAACAACCCUUCAAUUCCAGCAGGCUUCCACGACUUGGGAUUCACAGACUUCUCCUGUAGGAAGUUCCCCCGCAUUUCUCAGGUCUGGUGUGAAACAAAUUUGCGAAGGUGCAUCAGUGAAUUCCAUCGGUUUAUUUGUGAGACGUGUAACAAGGCAUUCCCCAUGCUUUCAGCGCUCAAACUGCACACAGAAACUCACGUGAUGGAUCAGGGAAGAGACAAGCACAAGCUACAGUCCACAUCCCUACCCAGUGAGAACCCAGACCAGAAAGCCUUCAUGGCAUCCUUGGGCCUACAGUACACCAAAGACAUCAAACCUGUCAAGCAGGAGGACGAUACACAAGACGAUGCCCAAGAAAUGCGGCUCAGAGCACUGAAGAGUAACCUACCUCAGGAACCCGGCAGCACUGGCCUGCUCAGCCUCUCCCCUCUGGAAGCUGCCUCUAUGGGAGGGCCAUUUUCAGUCCUCCCACCUACAAAGGAGAACAUAAAGCUCCUCUCGCUGCAGCCUUUCCAGAAGGGUUUUAUCAUCCAGCCUGACAGCAGUAUUGUGGUAAAACCCAUCUCCAAUGAAUCUGCAAUUGAGUUGGCAGACAUUCAGCAGAUCUUGAAGAUGGCUUCUUCCGCUCCUCCUCAGAUCAGUCUUCCUCCACUUUCUAAGGCACCUUCUGUCCCCGUGCAGUCCAUUUUCAAGCAUAUGCCACCAUUGAAGCCAAAGCCUUUGGUAACACCCCGAACAGUUGUCGCAACUUCUACACCUCCUCCUCUUAUCAGUGCCCAGCAAGCCUCCCCCGGCUGCAUUAGCCCAAGCCUCCCACCACCUCCUCUGAGGCUGAUCAAGAACUCGGUGGAGACCUCCUCCAACUCUCACCUAUCGCAGCCAGGAGCCAAAUCAAGUCCUUCCUCGCAGUUGCUUCUCCAACCCAAAGUAGAGCCUUUAACUCAGCACGAGAUGAAGACACAACUGGAGCAGGACAGCAUUAUUGAAGCUCUCCUGCCUCUGAAUAUGGAAGCGAAGAUCAAGCAAGAGGUGACAGAAGGGGACCUCAAAGCCAUCAUUGCAGGGGCAGCAAACAAGAAAGCCCCAACAAUGAGGAAAGUCUUGUACCCCUGCCGUUUCUGUGACCAGGUGUUUGCCUUCUCUGGUGUCCUGAGAGCUCAUAUCCGUUCUCACUUGGGUAUUUCCCCAUACCAGUGCAACAUCUGUGACUACAUUGCAGCUGACAAGGCGGCGCUGAUCCGGCACCUGCGGACACACAGCGGGGAGAGGCCUUACAUUUGUAAAAUCUGCCACUACCCAUUCACAGUUAAAGCCAACUGCGAGAGGCACCUGCGAAAGAAGCACCUCAAAGUGACCAGGAAGGAUAUAGAGAAGAACAUUGAGUAUGUCACCAGCAAUGCCGCAGAGAUGGUGGAUGCCUUCUGUUCCCCAGACACUGUGUGCAAGAUGUGUGGUGAGGAUCUGAAGCAUUAUCGGGCCCUCCGCAUCCACAUGAGGACGCACAGUGGCUGCCAGAAGAAGAAGCCAUUUGAGUGCAAGGAGUGUGGCACAGCCUUUUCAGCCAAGAGGAACUGCAUUCACCAUAUCCUGAAGCAGCACUUGCAUGUUCAGGAAAGGGAGAUUGAGAAUUACAUCCUUGUGGUGGACUGCAGUGCUCAGGAGAGCCACGCAAAUGCUCCUUUAUUGGAAGACAGCACUUACAUGGACUGCAAGCCCAUCGCAUCUUUCCUAGAGCCACAGAAUGGUUUCUUGCUUGGGACACCAUCUCAUGUUCCCAUCAAACUUGAACAUACGGGCAACUUCCCGAUGGAUUUUGAUGAGCCAUUGGAUUUCUCUCAGAAGAGCAAAAACCUGAGUGCUGUGCAAGUGAAGCAGGAGAACCUGUUUGUCUCUUCUCCAUUGUCCUUCUAUGACUGUUCCAUGGAGCCCAUUGAUCUAUCCAUCCCCAAAGUCCUGAAGAGGGACAAUGAUAUCCCAGGUGAGACCAGGAAUCAAGAGCUGGCUUCUUCUGUCAUCAUUGAUAAUGCCUACAACUGUCAGCAGUGUCCUCUGGGCUUUGGUGCCAAUGGGAACUCAGAGAAAAACAGGGCUGUUGCACAUCCCCAGCCACUGAAGGGUUCGUUGCAUUUGACUGUCCCAAUCAUUUCCCCAGCUCUCCUUGGCAAUUCUGCCUUGCUGAGACCCUUGAGGCCUAAACCAUCACCGCAACCUCUCUUGCCAAAGCCUCCAGUAACUAAAGAGCUGCCACCGCUGGCUUCCAUUGCACAGAUCAUUUCAUCUGUGUCUUCUGCUCCUGCUUUGCUGAAAACGGAGGCUGCAGAUGCCAGUCCCAAGGCAGCGAGCAGCUCCACUGGGUGCGACAAAUCAGGGAAUGCCAAAGCAAAAAUGACAAUCGUGACCGCCAUUCCGAGAGACUCCAGCCUUCCCAGUGACCUGACUCAGGCCUGUGAUCCCGAGCCGUCCCCCAUUGCUGACACUGGGUUGACUAAGAAAAGGGGUAGAAAGAAAGGAACAAAAAACAAACCUAAACUGAGCAGCGGUGUGGAUCUGGAGUCAAGCGGGGAGUUUGCCAGCAUAGAGAAGAUGCUGGCUACCACAGACACUAAUAAAUUUAGCCCGUUUCUACAGUCCACUGACAAUUUCAAGGAAGAAAGCGGCCAAAAUGGAACAAGUGAGGAUGAGAAGGAAACUGCUGAAGAUAAGCUGCUGAGGGGGAAGAGGAACACUUACUCAGACUGCCCGCAAAAAAUCUCCUGUCCUUACUGUCCUCGAGCCUUUUCGUGGGCAAGUUCCCUACAGCGGCACAUGCUCACUCACACAGACAGUCAGGCUGAUGCGGAGGCGCCUGCUACAGGGGGUGAAGUCUUGGACCUGACAUCCUGUGAGAAGGAGCAGCCAGAGGAAGUCAGCGAGCUACCAGGCAGUGAGUGCAGCCCCAAGGAGGAGCCAAAGGCUGACUCCCCACCAGCAGAAGAGGAUGCCGAAGAAAAAGCAGAUGAAUAUGAAGAGGGCCCUGAGGAAGAUUCUGUAAGUAACAAAAGUCUUGACCUCAAUUUUGCCAGCAAAUUAAUGGACUUCAAGCUGGCAGAGAAUGACCAGAGUGCAGGCAGCAAUUCUCAGACUGAAAGGAAACAUGCCUGUGACGUUUGUGGCAAAACCUUCAAGUUUGCUGGCACUCUUAGCCGUCACAAAAAGGCCCACAUUCGUGAGGACAGAAAAGAUGAAAGGAGCAGUGAGGAUGAAAGCAAAAGCAUCCAGGAUGAUGCAGGAGCUCCCUCGAUGCAGGACUCCAGUCUUGAGCAGGAAGAGUCUCCGAUGGACUUGAAGGUAGUGGAGUCUCCUCUGGACUGUGAGGCGACAGGAAAGGAGAAUGAAGAGAGCGAAAGCAUUUCUGAGGGGGAAGGCACAGAGAGAAAGUCCACUGAGAAGAGCAGUGAUGACAAAAUACCAAAGACUGAUGAGGCUAAGAGUACUGCAAAAGCAGACAAAAGAAAGAAAGUCUGUACUGUGUGCAACAAGCGUUUCUGGUCUCUGCAAGAUUUGACACGACAUAUGCGGUCUCAUACAGGCGAGAGACCAUACAAAUGUCAAACCUGUGAACGGACCUUCACUCUGAAGCACAGCCUGGUUCGUCACCAGCGCAUACACCAGAAAGUCAAAAAUACUCGAAACCACGGGAAGGAGAGCGACAAGGAGGAGACCCAGUCGAGGUGUGGGGAAGACAGCGAAAAUGAGUCCAGCCACAGUGGCACCAACCCCAUCUCAGAAAACGAGUGCGACUCCGCGGGGCUUGUUGGCAGCCACCCAUCCGGCACCAGAAGCCGAAAGGAGUCCCUGGUCGGCGCAGCCAAGGAUGUGCCCUGUGAAGAGGAGAGGCCAAGCGGGCAAGGAGCCGGUGCCGGCCUCGUGGAGCCCGCCAAGAACGCACAGAAGCAGCCCGCAAAAGACCAGGAGCCUCGGGGUAGCUCCGAGCUAGAGAGACCGCCGGGUUUCAUCCAAGACUUGCUGGAGAUGCACAACAAAAAGUCUCCCAUGAAUCACAUUCUUGCCUCUGCAGACAGCACGCCUCAGCUCUUGGGGGUAGAAUGACUUGCGAGGAGGCUGGGCCCAUCCCAGCACACAAACUGAAGCCAGCAGAGCAAGGUUUCCAGGGUCUCGUUUCAGAAGAGUGACCUACAGCUGUGGGGAGAGUAUGGCAGACUGGAUGCAGUGCCAUAUGCCUUUCAGUAUAAUAAUGCAAGAGACUACAGUAUAUACUGAUUUGAGUGCCUUACUACUUUAUUAGAUCUUUUGGUAUCAUAGAUUUUUUUUUUUUUUUUUCAAAAAUGAUUUUUUUUAAUAUUUUAAUGAAUUAUUUGGAGAGGACCUUUUUCAUUUAAGCAUUAAUGUUACCUUUUGUAUUGGUGUGUGUGAGCUUGGUCUUGUAUAUCUGAUAGUCUCUGUGUUUGUUCUCUGAGCUGGAAACGGGGCAGUGGGGUGGGAGGCCCUUGGAUACCACAGCCAAUAACUGGAAGCAAUUUAUGUGAAUUUCAUACGGAACAGUCAGAGGAAACGCAGGCGAGAUGUCGGUUGUUGUUUUCUCAGUAGACGUUCUCGCAUUUGCCACACGGUGGAGCAUUAAGCCUGUUCCAGGCAUUAGCAGUGUGGCAGCCGAAGGUGUUCAAAGUGGUUGGAGCCAAAAGCAGGAAGCGCAAAGAAUUUCAACCUCAUACUUGUUUCCACUUUUCAGCGUUAGAAAUGGUGUUCUAGAUACUAGGGUUUUUCUUCUGGCCGUCGUGGACUGAGUGCGUAUACAGAGAAGAGUUACAUAGCAACGUGACCUAUGGAAAUUAUGCACCCGCUGUUAUAUAUGUUUGAUUUGCUUCAGUAUAUUAUUAUUAUUAUUUUAUAAUUAUUUUAUAAAUUCAUCAGUUUGCUUGUCUCUGCAGUCAGCAGAAACCAAUGGGCAAUAUUUGCCCACGCAGACAUGUAACGCAGCUUGGAUCCCCUCUUUACAUGUUUUGACUUCAAGCUUUCACCAACUCCUCCUCCUAUGUUGCAGCUCUUCUACUGUACUUUAAUCGAAACCCUCCCUCUGACCGGAGAGUCAAUCAGAGGCCAGCAGGCUGUCAUCACAGCCCUGCAGGGGACGCCCCGCUGCUCGUGGUGCACGUGCCCGAGGACGGCCAUCUCCGUGCCGUCACCCGGCGGCAGCACGCCUUCCUUCGGAGCCAAGGGACUCAGUCUUCCAGUCGAAAGCGAGCAAGAGAGAAAUGCGAGCCUUACCAUCAUCUUGCUACUUACCGUCAUGUUCUGGAGCAAGAAAAUACUACUGGUGAUAAAACUACAGAUAUAAGACAUGUUAAAAAAUAAAUUAAUUAAUUAAAUUAAAAAGAAAAAGAAAAAAAAAAAAAUAAUAAUAAAUAGAAAUUCUUCCUGAGAUUUUUGGGGUUGAUGCUUGAAGACUUGAGGUGUGCGUCUAAAUUUCAUAUCAGUAAUUUAACCCCUUCAAUGCUGGGAGCUGGGAUUUCUCCGGAUGGCUCCUGUUGCCGGCAACAGGUGAUGCUCCAGCCGCCAGUGUUGAAGGGGUUAAAGGAAAUGUCUCCUACUGUAGCUGCACGCUUCUAGGAGCGGGCGGCGUUUUUGUUGUUGUUGUUCUUGUUGUUGUUGUUUGUUAAUUGUCCUUCAGUCAUGACCUCUGGGACAGACAGAGCCAUAAUAGCGAUGCCGGAGCCUCACUGUGCUAUGCCACCACUCAGCCCCAACCCGCACUGUGAUCUCCCCGCCCUGCAGAUCCGCUUUUCCUGCUUUCAUCAGACAUGGAGGACGUGGGCCUCGGACCCAUGCUAUAUUAUAUAAUAUAUAUCUAUAUAUAGCUAUAUCUAUAUUAAAAAUUCUCCGAAAGUUUCUGGAGACUGAAUUGUAACUGUCUGGAAUUCAAAGGAAGAGAAACUUUCUUGAGUAAUAUUCUUGCAGAUAGAGUAAGAAAAAAAUGGUUGAGGUAUAUGUGAUUUCUAUUUUUUGCUUUGUUGUUGUUUGUUAAAUAGGGAUGUUUGAACCCGUUCAGAAACGAAGCUAACGCCAGAGAGUCAGUCAGAACCAAUGAUUCACUAAAUUCACUACCCAGGUGCAUUCUACUUAAUGGAAACCAGUUCACGCAUCCCUUAAAUCCUUAUUACUAUUAUAAUUAUAAUAAUAAUUAUUAUUAUUAUUUGGGGUAUUUUUUGGUUCUCGUCGUUUGUUAUUUUGGUUUUUUUUUUUGGUUUAUUCGUUUUAUCUGGGUUGUUUUUGUUUUUGUUUUUGUUUUUAAUUUGUUUUUUGUUGUUUUUGUUUUUGCAACUCUCCACACUAAACUGCGCAAUACUGUGGGGGAGAAGCCAUUACUAAACUAUAUGCUGCAGAACGAUGUAGCACGUAAUGAAUUCCCAGCAGCCUGCCGGGACAUCUGCUAGCAAUAAUCACUAUUGAGUUAAAGCUUUAUUUAGCCUUUAUCUGUAUCCUAGUAGAGUAUAAGGUCUUGCCACAUCUUAUUGACAUUUUUAUUAGUUGAGUUUGACUGAGAACUGUUGCUGUUGUUGGGUUUUUUGUUCCCCCUCCUCCCCCAAUAUUAAACUGUGAAAUUUAUAAUGUGUUUAAACUAUGGGUGAAUCUUAGGCUUUAGUUUGCAUGUUCAGCUAAUUUGUCUCUAUACGAUUUUUGUUUGGAUCUUUUUUAUUUUUUAUUUUUUUUUUUCCUCUCUCAGGGCUUUUACAUAAAACAAACAGAAAAGGAUCUUCUGAAAUUCUUUUGCCUGAGUUGCAAUGGACUUAACGUGGAGAUAAUUCAAUCACUACAUUGAGCACUUGACUGUGAAAGCGCAAAAAGAAAUAAAGAAAAAAGAAAAAAAAAAAAAAAGCUAUUAAAAAAACACAACAAAACCACCUUGUUUGAGGCAAUUCUGAAAUAACUUUUCGGGGCUAUGUGAGACUGAUUCCAUUUUCAGAAUGAUUCGUAAUUUUCUCUCUCCUCUGUGUGUCUCCUUUCUCUCUUCUCUCCCCACAAAGGAAGGUUAAUCCUAGUGAUUUCAUCCCAUGCAGGAAACAGUAAUAAAUAUGUAGAAUUCAUAUUUUUCUAAAGGGAACUUAAACUGCUGCUACGAAUUGUGUACAAGACUGGUUUAUGCCACAUGAACAGAGAAUCACACAUUUGUUUUGGUACUUUUAUUCCUCUUUUUAUUCAGUUGUACAGUACUUCCAAAUUCAAAAUAAAAGUUGUUCUGUAUCAAACCAUCUAAGCAAUAAAAUGUUAUAUUUAAAAAUUAGAGGUUCCAAAA